CUGUUUCAGACACAGACUUGGUAUACAUAGAAAUCGCUAUUCUUGACUUGGAAAUAAGAGAAACCGUCGUUUCGUGCCUCACUCCGCAAUGCCACUUUGCUCUAUCACGACUGUUGUGGCUUGUAAAUGCGCAUGAAGCCUUGGGCAGACGUCAGAUAUGGGCGCGGGGUGCUCGUCAGAGGGCAGUGAGGCGGUCGCGACAACUCCGUCCGAGCUUCCACCCCGGCCAGUCUACACCGCGUGCGACCUCGUCAGCAGCCCCGAUUUUGAGGCUUUGCACAUUGGUGUCAUCGACACGCUGUUCGAACAAUGUCAGAAGUUCGGGGAGAGCGUCUGCGCGCUGAAUGCGUCCUACCAGGGGCUGCUGCUGGACGUGCGCGUUGCGACGGGCCUGCUGCAAGGCGGGUUUUCGGUGGCAUUGAAAGAGACGGUGAACACCGACAUAUUCUCCGUAGAGCUGCUGACAGCAGAUGGAGGGCCCCUGGGGGUUGCCGAUGCAGCGCGGCUCAGAGCGCGGGACCUGAAAGGGCAGGGCCUUGUCACAGCUUGCGACGCCAACCUAGCCCGUUGCAUUGACGGUCUCGCCGACUACUUCGUCCGCCACGCGGGCGCACCCAACAUGGGCCUGGCCCUGAGCGCCACGGGCGCGCUGGUGCCUCGCGCGGCGCUGCAGGCGGCCGCCGGGCAGCCGGUGCCGCGGCCGGACCCGGCCGUGGAGGCCUUCAACGGCGCCGUGAGCAACAUGCGGGCGGCACUGGGGGCAGACUAUCUGCUGGCCUUGCACCUGCACAAGGCCCACGCCCACGGCAAUCGCGCCUUCCGAGUGCGCUUGCUCAAGCCCGCCGGCGCCGUGGGCAGCCUGACAGCGGUGGCGGCGCCGCCGCCCGACCAGAGCGCUGUGGGUCUGGGCCAUAUUCCGGGCUGGGAGCCGGUGACGCUGCUGGAUCAGGCCGCCUGCCUGAACGCCGCGCGCCUGCAUGACGCGCUACACCUCUACCACGAUGCCAACGGCAGGCUGGCGGCGGCACUGCAGACCUCGGGCAUGACGCAAUGCCGCGGUGCCGUGGCGCUCGCCUCAGCACGCAGCGUCGGCCUUGCAGGCGAGCCUGCCACAGCCGCCUACUCCGCAGCCGCCGCAGCCGCAGCCGCCGCAGCUGCGGCCGCCGGCCAGAAUGUAAACCAGGCGGCGGCGGCGAAAGCCGCCGCAGCCGCUAGCCGCGCGGCCGCGGCCGCAGCCGCAGGUGGCGGCGGCGGCCAUGCUGGCAAGCGCAUCGGCGAUACCGCCGCCGCGGCGGCGGUGCGCACGCUGCCGCCGGCGUACCGGCUGCUGAUGUCGCGCAGCGUUGCCAACCUGAACGCAGCGGCGCAUGCGCUGACGCAUGCGGCGGCGGCGGCGCCGGGCCCCGCCAGCUUUGCGGCGCUGCUGACGCACGUGUUGGGCGAACUGCGGGAGCUGGUGGCGGAGGCGGGCGGCGACGCGGCGCUGGAGGCGUACCGGCCCUCGGCGGCCUUCUCCGCCGCGCCGGACCACAGCCUGGGCUUCAACCUGGAGCCCCGUCUGGAAACCGCCGGCGCGGGGCCGCCGCCCGCCUUCCCUGACUGCCUCAGCCCGCCGGUCCGGCGCGGCUGGCUGCUGCUGUGUGAGCUGCUGCGCACCCACAACGCGGUGGUGCGGCAGCUGGAGCCGCUGGGGCAGCUGGCGGCGGCCUUCGAGGAGGCCAUCAGGCGCCGCAUAAGCAGCAUCGGCGACGACGCGGCGGCUCGCGGCCUCUCGCUGAAGGCCGGCAGCGCGGCGGCGCGGGCGCUGGUGCGCAACGCGGCGGAGUUCAAGGGCUGUGUGGGCGGCUGCCUGGAAGUGCUGCGGGCCACAGCGGGCCUGGUGGCGGCGGAGAUGGCGGAGGCGGCGCAGCUGGCCAGCGUGCAGUGCGGCUUCAUGUCACCGCUGGCCUGGUCCAUGAGCAUCGCCUCAACCGUGGCAGGUGGCGGCGCCGCCGCUGCCGGCUCGGUUGCCAGCACCGCCACCGCCAGCCUCACGAACAGCAGUCUCGCUGCCAACUCACUCAGUGGUGGGCUGUCACCCAUGCCCGGUGGCGGAGGCGGCGCGCGACAGACGCCGCCGUCGCGGCGGACAACGGGCGUCGGCGCCACGUCUACCGCCAGCCGCGGCCACCCCAGUCACAGCGGAUUCCUGGCCGGCGGCGGCGCUGCCGCUGGCGGUGGGACCGCGCUUACAGACCUGGAGGCGGACGGGGACGACGCCAUUGUGCACUCACAGCUGCAGAAGCAGCCGUCGCGGGCGGCGGCCGGCAGUGCUUCUCCAAGUCGGCGCAAGCUCGGUGCCUCCACGAGUAUGGGCGUGGGUGUGGGCAGCGUGUCGCGUGGGCGCAGCCAGAGCGUCAAGACGCGGCACGCACACAUCCAGGAGGAAGGGGAGCAGGGCCCGCAGGGGCACGGACACGGACACGGGCGCGCAGCGACGGACAGAGGCAUGGCGCAUGGUGACGCCGGCAGCCGCAGCAGCAGCGGCGGUGGCUGGGUGCCGGUCGCAGCGGUGGGCGACGGCGCGCCGGCUUCGCCACUGGGGCCAGGGGCGCAGCGCCCGGUUGGCGGCAUGCUCGGCGGCAGUGCCGACGGCGCGGCGUCGCGUGCGGCGUCCAUGUCGCGCCCGGGAACGCAGGGCGCCGGCGGGGCGCCGCGUAGGCAGCAGGCGCAGACGCAGCAACAUCAUCAUCAGCAGCAGCAGGGAGGCAGCCUGGCAGAGGAGUACGCGCGCAGCGCGCUUGCGCACCUGCGACUGCAGGACCUGUAGUGCGUCGUGGGAUUGCUGCGGGCAUUGGAGGGAAAAGCAUCGUGAUGGGUACUGGGUAUCGGGUAUUGGCGUUGUGGGUGCGCGCACGCAAGCGGUUCUGGUGCAAGGGAGCGGUGUGUACGAGGCAAUGCAAGGAUGCGACCGCGGGGCCAGGAGCGAGGCACGCAUUUGUGGGUGUGGGUGUGGGCACUUCAUACGUGAGAGAAGCGGGAGGCAUACUUGAUGCCGUGCACAUGGCCAGGCCCAGGCUCUUGGGGACAUUGCUAAUUUGCCUUGCCACUAAGACUGUGUGGCAAAUGACUACGGUACUGUACCAAUUCUUGCUUGGCACUUCAUCACGGGGUUUUAUAUGACUCGGUUGCGAAUGCGUGCAAUGUAAGCGCAUUGCCGGCGUGUGGGUUUGUUUUCAUGUUGUCCCCGCAUCUUCGUCCGUGGGCCAAGUACACCUUUGACUUUCGGUUAUGAAAGCGGAACUGCAUGCGUUGGUGACAGUGUGAAACCAAACACACUAGGGGGGCUGCAUUUUAUUCUGGACUCUUUUAUUUUGGACUUGCCGUAUCGGUGAAUGGCAUCCUUCCUAUAUCGCCUUCAUCGUGAUGCUGGGUCACCUGAUAGGGUUACUGCUUGGCGAAUAGCUCUGACAACGGCAGGGUGCGCACCUGUCGUAUCACGGUAUCGACUGUCGAGGGCAAGGCCGAGAUGCUGUUAGUGUGCCAGCAGAUAAUAUUGCCGCGUCUUUUACCGUUCUUGAAAGUGGCGCGGCCAUCAACCUGUUAGGGGAUGGACAGGGACUCGAAUGGCUGUUGAGUUCAUGGCUGUGGCGCUGUGAAGAGUGGGGAAGGGUGGCGGGGCGCGCGCUGAUGCAGAAGCUGUCGUGUGUCAGAGAACACGAUAGACGAAACCUUGUAAGCGGUCUUUCCC